CUUUCUCGCUAUGCAGCCUGGCCGCGUGGGGAUCGUCUAGGGCGGCCCUGCUCCCCUCCGCGGGCGGGCGGUUGGAGGCCGCGGCGGCUGCGCGGUAAGCAGCUUCCUGCCCUACAGCCCGCGCUCGGCGGUCUUCUGCGGGGAGCUCGGGGAGCGGCCGGCACGCCGUGGGGAGUACAGUGCGGAGAGCAACCCUGCGACCCCGGCGCGCGCCUCGCGGGGAAGUCUUCAGGGACGGCGGGACCGAGCCCCCGCGAGGAACGAAAAAAUAGGCAUCAAAAUUGGUCGACCCGAAAGCGGCCUUCGGAGUUGGUGUUGACACGAGUUGGAGUUGUUCAGUCGGACACGAGGCACUGAAGGCAGAGCCGAGUGCGCGUUCCCAGCUUGGGCGAUGCGGGGCGGCUGUGUGGCUCCGGUUGUGGCGCGUGUCCUGCCCCCCAGCUGGUCCACAAAACCGUGCUGACCCGAGGCCUGUCAGGUUUCUGCGGCUCCUGGCGCAGCUGUCUCAGAAUUCUGCACGAACACCCCAGUGUUCUUGAUGAGUAUUCUGUAUGUACUCUAGAUAGGCGUCCAUCCGUGCUGGUAACAUUGCCCAGUUGUGGCUUGCAUCUUCACUUUGCUUAAGAUUACAGCCACGAUGCUGAGAAGGAUGACAAGGCUUCUCUCUGGGGCCCGGCAGUUGGACCCUGGACGUUUUUUGCACAGGGGGUCCCCCGCCCCUCAGAGCCUUGAUGCUCACCUGGAUGACCAGAGACCCAGAGCUGUAUCCUGUACUAGUGAGGAUGACCCGGCCAGGCAUGGGGAGCAGCAUGCCGCUCUACACUACCACAUCCCCCUCCAGGAUCUGAAGACUGUGUUCCCCCAGGGCCUGCCCCCUCGCUUCAUCAUGCAGGUGAAGACAUUCAAUGAAGCUUGUCUGAUGGUGAGGAAACCAGCCCUCGAGCUUCUACAUUACCUGAAAAACACCAAUUUUGCUCACCCAGCUGUGCGGUAUGUUCUCUAUGGGGAGAAGGGGACAGGAAAAACCCUCAGUCUUUGCCACAUUGUUCAUUUCUGUGCAAAACAGGACUGGCUAAUACUGCACAUUCCAGAUGCUCAUCUUUGGGUGAAAAAUUGUCGAGGUCUCCUGCAGUCUUCCUACAACAAGCAGCGCUUUGAUCAACCUGUAGAGGCUUCGAUAUGGCUGAAGAAUUUCAAAACUGCAAAUGAGCGUUUCUUGAGUCAGAUAAAAAUUCAAGAGAAGUACGUCUGGAAUAAGCGAGAAAGCACUGAGAAAGGCAGUCCUCUGGGAGCAGUGGUUGAACAGGGCCUGACGCGGGUGAGGAAUGCCACAGAUGCAGUUGGGAUUGUCCUCAAGGAGCUCAAGAAUCAGAGUUGUUUGGGUGCGUUCCGUCUGUUGGUGGCGGUGGACGGAGUCAAUGCUCUCUGGGGAAGGACCUCGCUGAAGAGGGAAGAUAAGAGCCUGAUAGCCCCUGAGGAGCUGGCGCUCGUGUGCAGCCUGAGGAAGAUGGUGAGAAAUGACUGGCACGGAGGCGCCAUUGUGUUGACGCUUAGCCAGACUGGGUCUCUCUUUAAGCCAAGGAGGGCCUAUCUGCCCCAGGAGCUGCUGGGAAAGGAAGGAUUUGAUGCCCUGGAUCCCUUUAUUCCCAUCCUGGUCUCCAACUAUAACCCAAAGGAGUUUGAAAGUUGUAUCCAGUAUUAUUUGGAGAACAAGUGGCUUCAACAUGAGAAAGGAGUGGUCAUUGCAUUCCAACAUGAUCUGGAUCACGGAGCCUCCACACAGACGUUUCUGGGUGACACCAUGCUGCAGAGAGCACUGCCAGCUGUCCUUCCCCCUCCCUCCCCCUGCCCACCAGCUCAUACGGAGGAAGGGAAGAAAGAGCUGCUGUUCCUGAGUGACGCCAACCCCGGGCAGCUGGAGCGGCUCUGCGCCUACCUUUAGGUCACUGUGCACAUCUGCUCCCAGCCUUCACUGAAGAGUGACCAGAGCAGCCAGGAGAUGCCCUCCUGUUCCUAAAACUAGUUCAUUAGCUGGGGUUUUUCAUGUUAGGUAAUUAUGGAUUUUUCCCUAAAAUAAAUUAUCUUUCUUAAAAGUGUUGUAUCAGGCUUAUAAAAUGGAAAGAGGCUUCAGUUGGCCAAAUUGAAUUUCUCUGACGUUCUGUAAGGGGUGUGAAGAGACCAGAUUCUGCAGAAACUUCCACUAGUUCUAGACUUUAUUCAGGUGAGGAGACUGACAUUCACCCCUUCAGUUCCCCCUCUGGCACCCGGACACACCCGCCGAUGGCCUCUCCAUGCUGCCUAGGCCUUGCCCCUUCCCGCCAGGCCCAAGGACUUGGCCCCACACGCCUGCUACACACCCACAGGAGGCAGAGGCCUCUCCCUCACACAGAUAUGUGUGCCAGCUUUGGGAGAUUUGGGAAAAUAAUGACUCCCAGCAGUUUCAGGGAGUUGAAUCCUCUGCCCCACUCACGUCAGGACAGCCAAGUUCAAGCCCUGCUGCCUCAUCCAAACCGUCACAGGGCCCGUGUCCUGCUGGUUCCACCUGUCCUAACAGUAAUGACGCCAAACUUCAGGGGCAUAUCGUGAGCACUGAAUCACCGUGUGGAAAGUGCCUCACACAUGGGCGGUACUAAGUAGUCAUGACCAUUAGGACUUGACUUUCUAACACUUUCUCUGAACACUGGCCACAAGGGAGACCAUCUGGAUGGGGUCAGAAUUUUGACCAGAGACCUAGCUUCCCCCACACCUCACCAUCCUUGAGGGCUCCAUCUCUGAACCCGACCUUCUCCCAGACCCAGUCCUUUGUCAGGUCUACUGGCCUGGGUCCUGAACCCUGCUCUACAAAGCCUGUUCCCCCAGCCCCCAGCCCUGGGAGGCCUGAUGCCCUUACCCCAUCCUGUGCCACCUGCCACCCGACUCACAUGCCUCCCUCAGUGGAUGGCCAGGGCCUCAGGUUCAUCUCCGUGGGAGUCAAAGCCCCUCGUCCCCUCCAUCCUCACUGCUCUCUACCUACAUCCCUCCUGCCCCCUUGUCUUGUUUCACAGGACCACCCACUUGAGUCGACCUCCAGCCCAAGUCAUUCAGUGGAUUCCAUUUGCCUUUAUUCCUGUUUCUGCUGCAUCCAAACCACAGAAAAACAUGUCAUGGAAACCAGCCUCCUUUCUUUUCCUCCUCUCCUAGAAGCAACUUCUGUUACUAGUUCUAGGGAUAAAAGUCCUAGUAUAGUCCACAUAAAAAAUAGGCAUUUUUAAAUUUUUUUAAAAGCUUUUCUUCAAGAGAGAGAGAGAAAGAGCAUGAGCAGGGGGAGGGGCAGAGGGAGAAGGAGACCCUCCUGAGCAGGGAGCCCAACUUGGGGUUCCCCCUAGGACCCUGAGAUUAUGACCUGAACCAAAGGCAGACACUUCACCGACUGAGCCACCCAGGGGCAGGGAGUCUGCUUCUCCCUUUGCCCUUCCCCCUGCUUGUGCAUGCUCUUUCUCUCAAAUAAAUAAAAUCUUUAAAAAAAAAAAAAAAAGCUACAGGCUGGGGGAAAAUAUCUGCAAAUUCAUGUAUAUAUCAGAAUAUAUAAAGGACUAUUACUCAUUAAUAAGAAAACACAGUUUAAAACUUGGUAAAUAAUUUGGACAUCCCGGACAAGCUUAUGAGAAGUUGUUCUGCAUCACUAGCGACAGGAAAAUGCGAAUCCAGAUCAUUGAAUGGCCAGGGCACACCCACCAAGACGGCUGAAAUUACACAGGGAGGCUCUGAGAUACAGGAACCAUCACACCUCGCCAGUAUAAAUAUACAAUGGAAAUACAAAUUUUCUAACAUGCUUCCACUUUAGAAAACAAUCUGGCAGUUCCUAAAAAUGUUAAACAUGGAGUUAGCACAUAAGCAACUCAACCCCCAGGUGUUUACCCUGGAGAAAUGAAAAUGUGUCCAUGCAAAGAUGUGUAUUCAAGCAGCAUGAGGCACAGCAACAUGAUUCAUGACUGCUCAAUGAUGGGAAUAACCCAAAUACCCAUUAUUUGUAAGCAGGUAACCAGAACAGAGCACGUAUUAGUAACUGCUACCACACGGGGAGCCUCUGACACGGAACUGAGAGACUCCCACACAAAAGACCACAUGUGGGAGGAUUAUGUCCAGAAAGUGCAAAUCCAUACAGGAAGAAAUGGUGAAUGGCUGCCUGGUGUUGGGGGGAAUGGGGUUCAGCUGUAAUCAUUGGAGGAUUCUGGAAGAUGAUGAAAAUGUUUUCAGACUGAACUUUGGUAAAUGAAUGCACAACUCUAUGUAAAACUGUGUCCGACUUGUUCCUUCCCUUCAUUUGCAAGUCACACCCUCACUGGGCUCUCACAGCUCCCGAGGGCCCAUUGGGCUCCUCUCCAGGUCCCUCACUCAGGCAUUUAUUUCCCUGAUGAGGCACUUGCAUGGGUGAUGCCACUCUGGUGUUUGCUGCUGGUGUAUGCAGUCUUCAAGACACAAAUCCAAACUUGCAAGUAAAAAGUCAAAAAAUAUAUACUAUUCAAACACCAAAGGAAAGCUGAUUCAUCUGUAUUAUUACCAAGAAAAGUAGACAAUAAGAUAAAACAGCAUUUUGGGGCGCCUGGGUGGCUCAGAGGUUGAGCUUCUGCCUUUGGUCCAGGUCGUGGUCCUGGGGUCCUGGGACUGAGUCCCAGGGGAGCCUGCUUCUCUGUCUCUCUCUCUCUCUCUCUCUCUCUCUCUCAUGAAUAAAUAAAAUCCUUUUAAAAAACCCAGCAUUUUUAGAGAGAAGAGGGAUAUUUUAAAAUGGUAGAAGGUUCAUCAGAAAGAUAAAACUAUUACAAAGUAGUAUGCCCUAAUAACAUAACCUAAGAAAAUGGAAACUGACAAAAUAUAAGGAAAAAUAAACCAUGGUGGUAGGAAUAUACUUUAGUAACUCAUAGAUGACAGCCAAUCAGAACAGAUAUUCUAGUAGCAUAAUUAACAAACUUGUCAAUGAAAGGAUUUUUUUUAAUUAAACCAAAACACUUCUGAAUAUACAUUCUUCUAAAGCACACCUAUCCCUACCUGAAUAGAUAUUCAAAACUUGACUCUCACUGGGUGGGCCAUGUCACCAAAUUUCAAAGAGCUUAAAUCAUGAAUGGUAUUCUCUGACCCCACUGUAAUUUAAGCCAAAACUCAAUUCCAAAUACAUGCACAGAAAAUCCCUUAUGUUUGGAUAUCACGAAAUACUCUUCUGAGAAGAAAAUCAGAAUGGAAAUGAGAAAGUAAUUCAAACUAAAUGAUUAUGAAAAUACUAAACUCAAAACCAAAAAUUUGGUUCUCUAAAAAUACUAUUAAAAUUGGGGGUAGGGGCACCUGGGUGGCUCAGUGGUUGUGAAUGUCUGCCUUUGGCCAGGGUGUGAUCCUAGGGUCCUGGAUCCAGUCCCACAUUGGGCUCCUUGUGGGGAGCUUGCUUCUCCCUCUGCCUGUGUCUUUGCCUCUCUCUGUUUAUCUCUCAUGAAUAAAUAAAAGCUUUUUAAAAAAAAAUAAAAUUGGGGGUACCUGAGUGGCCCCAUUGGUGAAGCAUCUGCCUUCAGCUCAGGUCAUAAUCCUGGGGUCCUGGGACCAAGUCCUGCAUCGGGCUCCUCAGCAGGGAAUCUGCUUCUCCCUCUGCCUUUCUUACCACUCAUGCUCUCUACCUCAAAUAAAUAUAUUUUAAAAUACUAUUAAAGUUGAUUUUUAAAAAACUCUGGUGAGAAUAUUUAAAAAAAAAGUAAAAAUAACUUUUUACUUUUGAAAUGAGCAACAUCAGAAAUGAUAAAGGUGGGGGGCAGCUCAGGUGGCUUAGCGGUUUAGCGCUGCCUUCAGCCCAGGAUGUGAUCCUGGAGACUUGGGAUCGAGUCCCACGUCGGGCUCCCUGCAUGGAGCCUGCUUCUCUCUGCCUGUGUCUCUGCCUGUUUCUCUCUGUGUCUCUCAUGAAUAAGUAAAUAAAUCUUUUUUUAAAAAAAUGAUAAAGGUGGGAGACCUGGGUGGCUCAGUGGUUGAGCAUCUGCCUUCAGCUCAGGGCAUGAUCCCGGGGUCCUGGGAUCGAGUCCCAAAGGGAGCCUGCUUCUCCCUCUGCCUGUGUCUCUGCCUCUCUCUGUGUCUCUCAUGAAUAAAUAAACAUCUUUAUAAAAAAAAAAAAAAGCUUUGGAGAGGGACAAAUACAUUAUUAUUUGUGGAAAUGCUGGUGUAGAAAUCCAAGAGUCUACAGAUAAAUUAUUAAAAGUACUAUGUGAGCAUAGCAGUGUCACUGGAUAUGUCAGUCUACACAUCAGCUGCAUUUCUCCAUAACAAUAGAAAAUAAAAAUUUUAAAGAUUUCACUUACAAUAGCAACAAAACUAUAAAAAACAUAAUGUAACAAGAUAUGUGUAUGAUGUUUAUAGAUAAAACUAUAAACUAUUGGAGAAAAAGAUCUCAAUAAAUGGUAGGACAGAAACUAGAAAAAAAAAAAAAACUAGAAAAGUUACUACCAUAAAGGUGUCAGUUCUCCCCAAACCGAUCUACAGAGAUGCAAUGCUUUCCCAAUCACGAUACCUAGAGAUUUUUAAAUUUUUCUUUGCAACUUGACAAACUAAUUCUAAAUUAUAUGUGGACAUAAAAGAGCCCAGAAUAGACGUGUCUCUCACCUUUUACACUAUUUUGGAAACUGUCAAACCUACAGGAAUGCAGAAAACAGUACAAAGGAAUCCCAUAUAACCUUCACUCAAUUGUUAAAUUUUGUCACACUAGCUUUAGCUUUCUACAGAUUUAUGUCACCAUUUGAAAGUAAAUUGCAGACAAUUCUUUUAUCACAUUUCUCCUAGGAAUACAAUAUUUUACAUACCCAGCAUAUCACUAACAUACCAAAGUAACCCGUCAGUAUAACGUUCUCUAAUAUGGUGGGGUUUUUUGUUUUUUUGGGUUUUUUGUUUGUUUGUUUUUUACGAUUUUAUUUAUUCACAAGAGACACAGGCAGAGACACAGGCAGAGGGAGAAGCAGGCUCCAUGCAGGGAGCCUGACUCAGGACUCCAUCCCGGGACUCCAGGAUCACGCCCCAAGCUAAAGGCAGAUGGUCAACCGCUGAGCCACCCAGGUGUCCCAUGCUCUAUUUUUUUUUUAACGUGCUCUAUUUUUCAAGUUUUCCAGUUAUCCUAACUUCUUCGUGGCUGUCCCACCGCACCUCCACACUAAUCCACAUUCAACCAAAGUCUAUACAACACAUUUACACUGAAAUCUCUUUAGUGUCCUGUUAGUUUCAGUAGACCCUCUGGUUUUUCUGUUAUUUGACAUUUUUUAAAAUGCCAGGCCAGUUAUUUCAGUUAUCCCACAUUAUGGAUUUGUUGAAUUGUUCCCUUCAGAUACAGGUUAAAUACUUUUGACAAGCACAGCAGACAGUUGAUGCUUUCUAUCUACUACACUUGACAUCAUUGUGGUUUGUUUCAUUCAUGGUGAUGCUAAAUUGGAUCACUUGGUUAAUUCUGGCAUCCAUCAUUGUAAACGUACCUUUUCUCAAUGUACUUAACAAAUAAAGCGUUACUUUGAAAUCCUGAAACCAUCCCAUUUUUUGAUAAAUUAUCACCCAAAGGUUUUAACGUCCACUGAUGAUGGCCAUCUAAAUUAAUUCUUUAAUUGAUGGCUGCAAUCUAAAUUCUGGCCUUCCCGAGACACCUGGGUGGCUCGGUGGUUGGGCAUCUACCUUCAGCCCAGGGUGUGAUCCUGGAGUCCUGGAAUCCAGUCCCACAUUGGGCUCCUGGAAGGGAACCUGCUUCUCCCUCUGCCUGUGUCUCUGCCUCUCUCUGUCAUGAAUAAUUAAAAUCUUUUGAAAAAAUAAAUUCUAUCAUUCCUUCUACGUUUAUUAGCUGCUAUUCUUCCGUCACCUCUAACACCUUCCCCCUCCUUUUUUUUUAAUUUUUAUUUAUUUGUGAUAGUCACACACAGAGAGAGAGAGAGAGAGACAGGCAGAGACAUAGGCAGAGGGAGAAGCAGGCUCCAUGCACCGGGAGCCCGACGUGGGAUUCGAUCCCGGGUCUCCAGGAUCACGCCCUGGGCCAAAGGCAGGCGCCAAACCACUGCGCCACCCAGGGGUCCCACCUUCCCCCUUUUUUAAGUCUCCUUGGGACUCUAAGACACUUUUUAAAACAUGGUGUUUAAACAUCCUGUGAAACUGUAACGGACCAACAGAAAAGGAUCAAGAGCCCAGAACAUAACGUAAACAGCAUUAGUAAUAUUUGAAAAGGUCCAUAAACGUGACUGUAUUUAAAAAGACAAAAUAGGGACGCCUGGGUGGCUCAGUGGCUGAGCUUCUGCCUUCUGCUCAGGUUAUGAUCCUGGGGUUCUGGACCGAAUUCCACAUUGGGUUCCCUGCAGGGAGCCUGCUUCUCCCUUUGCCGGUGUCUCUGCCUCUCUGUCUCUCAUGAAUAAAUAAAUAAGAUCUUUAAAAAAAAUAAAAAAAAUAGACAAAAUUCUGUUCUAAAAACUCCCUUUAAGGAAGGGAAAAAGCAACCAGAGUGAGAGUAGGUAUUUUCAACACAUAAUCAACAAAGGUUGUAUAUCCUGAAUAACUUACUCCUACAAAUCAAGGAGACAACCCGAAAGACACAUGGCCAGGGGACUCAAACAUGCACUUCAAAAAAGGAUAUCCUUGGGACACCUGGGUGGCUCAGCGGUUGAGCGUCUUCCUUUGGCUCAGGGUGUGAUCCCGGGGUUCUGGGAUCUAAUCCCACAUUGGGCUCCCUGCAUGGAGCCUGCUUCUCCCCCUGCCUAUGUUUCUGCUUCUGUGUGUGUGUGUCUCAUGAAUAAAAUCUUUAAAACACACACACACAAAAACCCAUAAAAGGAUAUCCAAGUGGCUCAUAAACUUAUGAAAAGGUGCUCUCAACCUCGUUAGUAAUUAACACCAGUGACUAAGGCAAUUUCUAAAGGUUACGGUGCAUCAACUGAAACUCCCCUACGCUGGUGGUGGUUUACACCGGUAGUGAGUUUAAAGGGACAGUUUGGUGGUAUUUACCCAGUCACAGCACAGCC